UUUGUGAAUGAUCCGGUGUCUUCUGGGACACAUGAAAGGUCCCAGAAGGUGCCGGGCCAUUCACAAAGCGCAGCUCUUCCCGCACAUGCGCAGUGGGCACCUGGCUGUCACAGAAGCCGGCCCGGGAAGAAGAGGGAAGGCAACUCUGCAGAAGUGGGAGAGGGUACCUGUCAAAUUCAGUCUCUGGUCAUCUCCUGUACUGUCUGCAGUCUCUGGUCAUCCCCUGCACUGUCUGCAGUCUCUGGUCAUCCCUUGCACUGUCUGCAGUCUCUGGUCAUCCCCUGCACUGUCUGCAGUCUCUGGUCAUUCCCAGCACUGUCCGCAGUCUCUGGUCAUUCCCUGCACUGUCCGCAGUCUCUGGUCAUUCCCUGCACUGUCCGCAGUCUCUGGUCAUUCACCUGCACUGUCCGCAGUCUCUGGUCAUUCCCUGCACUGUCCGCAGUCUCUGGUCAUUCCCUGCACUGUCCGCAGUCUCUGGUCAUGCCCUGCCUGUCCGCAGUCUCUGGUCAUUCCCUGCACUAUCCGCAGUCUCUGGUCAUUCCCUGCACUAUCCGCAGUCUCUGGUCGUUCCCUGCACUAUCCGCAGUCUCUGGUCGUUCCC